AUGGCCACCACACCUGAACCCUUCAUCUGCGGCAAUCAGCUAGGCGACUGGGUCGAGGCGGCCCUUCAGUUCUAUCUAUACACCACCUGGGUAUACAGCAUCAUCUACAUGGUCGGCUACUUCAUGAACGUCAAGAUAUUCGGCGCCGGACGCAUUUUCAGCUCUGCUUGUCCCAAAGGGUUUUCGGUACAAAACACCUGGGCCGCUGGCUACUCGGGCGACACGAGUUGCAUCUCCGACGUGGCCUGGUCAAUUGAGAAGGGCCCAAGGUUAACCUACCUUCUCAUGAGCGGAUGCGUCGCUGCUCUUGCCAUAGUCCUGGUCAGCCGUGCCCGUGACGCUGGCCUCGCUUUCCGCUGGCCUUCAAGUCGUCGCUUGGGGGCCCGAUCUCCGCCACCCGCCGACCAAGACAACAAGCCUCAACACAUGUUCCUCUCCACCAACGACAAUAAUGCCUUCCAGGUUUACCAGUACAUGCUCUUCGCGUUCUUACAGAUCAUUGGGCUCUUGUGGCGUGUCCUGACGGCUCCGACCCUGCAUGAUCCGUACCCCUCCUGUCCGAAAGGGCUGUGGACGCACGACUUCAGCGCGAAAAACAUCAACUGCUUCAGUCCCUUUUAUCUUGCCUUCUGGGUCAGCUUCGAAGUCGCCCAGUCUCUGCUCGUUAUAGUGCUUGCAUGGCUAGCGGGAACGCUACUGAGGCAGGACAACUACAGACGGUCGGUAUGGAGUCCUCCGCCGCCUCGGCCGCCCGUUGCGCGGCCGGAUAUCUCGCUCGACCGUCUUUGA